UUAGUUUAUGGUUUCGUGCUCUCGGUUGAAGAUGAUUUUUAUUGACGGCGAUAUUUUUUUUCUGUGGUUAAAUUCGUAUUGUAAGUGUUGAAUCUAUGCAACCAGGCAAGAUAUACGCUAGAGAUUAAUUUAUUGAGUUUUCAUCUAUCGCGGCGAUAAGUCGAGAGUGGCUAAAUAUAAGAAAUUUGAAUUUUUAUUAAUAAUAUUAAAAAUAUUUGAAGCUUAAAGAUCCUUGAAUCAUAGCAAAAAAAAAAAAUGACAGAAAAAAUUCCUAUGUCAAGUGGAAAUGGUAGCAAUACUGCAGCUCCAUUAAAAGUGGCGGUUAUUGGUGCCGGACUGGUCGGUUCUUUAGCUUCACUGAAUCUAGCCAGACAUGGCUAUGAUGUACAUCUUUAUGAAUAUCGCGAAGAUAUCCGAACAGCAGAAUUAGUACAGGGAAGAAGUAUUAAUUUGGCGUUAUCACAAAGAGGACGUAAAGCUUUAGCUCAGGUUGGUCUGGAAAAUGAGAUAUUAUCAACAGCUAUACCAAUGCGUGGACGCAUGUUACAUGAUAUUAGGGGGCGAAAAACAGUUGUAGUCUACGAUCCUUGUACAAAUCAAUGUCUAUAUUCGGUUGGUAGAAAACAAUUGAAUGAAAUAUUACUUAACGCUUGCGAAAGGUUUCCUAACAUACACUACCAUUUUGAACAUAAAUUAUCAUCUAUCAAUUUAAAUGAAGGGACUAUGGAGUUUAAGCAACCUUAUGUAAAAGAGCUGCUUCAGGACACUGCAGAUCUUAUUGUUGGUUGUGAUGGCGCCUUUAGUACUGUACGCCAACAGAUGGUUAAGUCAUCUGGUUUUAAUUAUACUCAAGAAUAUAUUGAACAUGGUUAUCUGGAACUGUGUAUACCUGCUAAAAAUGGAAAUUUUCAAAUGUUAGAAAACUACUUACAUAUAUGGCCACGUAAUAUGUUUAUGAUGAUUGCAUUGCCCAAUCAGGAUAAAUCUUUUACAGUGACGUUAUCCAUGCCGUUUAAAAUUUUUGAUACCAUUAAAACACCAGAAGAUUUGAUUAUGUUUUUUAAAAGAUAUUACAUGGAUGCCUUACCAUUAAUUGGAGAGGAAUUACUUAUAAAGGAUUUCUUCAAAUCAAAGCCACAAUAUUUAAUUUCCGUGAAGUGUUAUCCAUAUCAUUGCGGUUCGAAAGCUAUAAUAUUGGGUGAUGCAGCUCAUGCGAUGGUGCCCUAUUAUGGACAAGGUAUGAACGCUGGUAUGGAAGAUUGUACUUUGCUUAUGUCAAUUUUGAAUCAACCAAAUAUAAGUAUUGGAGAAGCUCUUGAAAAAUUUACUGAGUCACGUUGGGAGGACGCACAUGCAAUUUGCGGUUUAGCAAUGUAUAAUUAUGUUGAGAUGCGUGAUCUAACAAAACGUUUUUCUUUCCUUCUUCGUAAAUGGUUUGACAAUUUGCUCUUUAAGUUUUUCCCGACAUUCUGGGUGCCAUUGUACAACAGCGUGUCCUUUACGAGUAUGCCUUACAGUAUGUGUAUUGCUAACCGAAAAUGGCAGGAUAAGGUUAUUAAAAACUUCUUUAUAUUUGGAAUUUUGGCGAUUUUUAUUGGGUUACUAUUUAUGUUAUCCUAACACUUUUGAUCACACUUUAAUCUAAAAUCUCGAUCAAUGCCUAAAGUCGUAUGCCCUAAGUGUAAUAAAAUUGAU